GAGAAAUCUCCCUAUAAAAAUGAAAGAAUUAAAAACUGUUGGGGGAAGGCUAUGACCCAUUGCAUAGUUGGAGUCCACAUUGUUUCUCUGACUUCAACCCUGUACAAUGUAUUGUAGAGACUUUGCUGCUGCAAAGAUUCUUUGCAGCACUCAUCAUUGGCUUCAAAGUUUGAUUUUUCAUUUCCUUAUCCCAUACUUACUUUCUGUUUCAUUGCAUGCCACUUUCUUGCAUUUGUCCUGUUAAAGCGUCCACCAUGGCCAUUUAAUAUUUAAAGGCCUGGAUCAUUUUGCAGGUUUUAGUUUAAAGGUAACCAUAGCACACACACACACAUUCAUUAUUAAUUGCAGAGAUGCACUGUGAGUUCUUGGGAAUCUUCUUUCCUUUCAACAUUAGUUUCAUAGGAGUGCUGCUGUCAGCAGAAGUAAGAAGUAGUAAGCUUUGAUAUUGUUAUAGGGCAAGUGGACCAGUGCAGUGACAACCGAUCCAGAAUGCUGUAAACUGCUCGUAUGGGUGGAGGGGACCAUGCUAAAAAGGGAGAUGAAGCCGGAAAAUGACAGACCGCGGAGAGUCCGGUUUCGGAUCGCAUCAUCUCACAGUGGGCGAGUUCUGAAGGAAGUGUAUGAAGAUGGACAACCCUCAGGCUCCCUGGAUUCGGAAUGUGCCAGUAUCUGUGGGAUAGAUGGACUGAGUGAUUCUGAUGGACAUCAAAAUGGCCACAUAGGAUCCGAAGGUGAUGAGCAUGAGAAUGACCAGGAUAACUUGCUGGUGUUAGCAAGGGCUGCCAGUGAGAAGGGCUUUGGUACAAGAAGAGUCAACAUUUUAAGUAAAAAUGGCACAGUGAGAGGCGUCAAAUACAAAGUGAGUGCUGGGCAAGCCCUGUUUAACAAUUUGACCAAAGUACUACAGCAACCUUCGGCUGACCUAGAGUUUGACCGUGUAGUGAUUUAUACCACUUGCCUGCGUGUGGUAAGGACAACCUUCGAAAGAUGUGAACUUGUUAGAAAGAUCUUCCAAAACCAUCGGGUAAAAUUUGAAGAGAAAAACAUUGCUCUGAAUGGUGAAUAUGGAAAAGAGUUAGAUGAGCGAUGCCGUCGAGUCUCUGAAGCUCCUUCUCUCCCUGUUGUGUUCAUUGAUGGCCAUUAUCUCGGGGGUGCUGAGAAAAUUUUGUCAAUGAAUGAAUCAGGAGAACUGCAAGACCUCUUAACCAAAAUUGAGAGAGUGCAGCAUCCACACGAGUGUCCCACUUGUGGAGGCUUUGGUUUCCUUCCCUGCUCCAUGUGCCAUGGGAGCAAGAUGUCAGUGUUUCGAAACUGCUUUACCGACUCUUUCAAAGCCCUGAAGUGUACAGCUUGCAAUGAGAAUGGCCUUCAGCGUUGUAAGAACUGUGCUGGUUAGUUUUUACCAAGAAAUCUCUGUUUUUAUUAACCAAAGGCAAUAACUUGGUUUAUAUGUU